AUGAAAAAAAUAAUUAUUUUUAUUUUCUUUAUAUUUUUUAUUUCUAAAAUUUAUUCACAAUGGGAGCAAAGUUUGUUAUACUACAACAGAACAUAUAUCGAAUUUGACACAAAGUUGCCACGAACAAUUAAUUUUACCUUAUAUGAUGAUCGUCAAUGUAAAAUUAAAAAAGAUUCAUAUUCAAUAACAUGCAGCAGUGAAAAAUGUGUUAUGGUAUUAAAUGAAAAUCAGAUAAAAAACUUUUAUGGUAAUAAUAUAAAAAGAUGCAAGGUUAAAGAUUUUGAUGUUUUAUGUGAUGAACUAAUUGACAAUGAAAACUAUAUGUUUCCAAUAAAUUAUGCUCUCUCUGGAUUACCAUCGACUGAAGGUGGUAAACUUCAACUUACUGGUAAUUAUUUAAGAACUUAUGUUACUGAUUAUUAUAUUGUGGAUGUAAUUCAAAGAGAUGAAAAAUAUAUAGGUCUUAGUGUUGAUAGAGAGAAUUUUGACCCUGAAAAUUUAACUGUAAAUUUCCCACCUGGUUAUGGAAGUUUUAGAUUGUAUCCUGAUGCUUCUAUGCAUAAAAACAUAAUGUAUUUAAACUAUGCUCCUCCUUAUAUAUCUCAAUGUAUUUACAAAGACUCAAUGGUCAUAUUAAACGGUUUUAAUUUUUACAAUAACCAAUCAGUUGCUCAGGUUUAUAUUAAUGGAGUAAAAGUUUCAAUUGUUUCAAUAGAUCAUCGUUUAUUAAAACUUGAUUAUUUUACUGAGUAUUCUCAAAAAUUAAAUAUAAAUGUAACCAUUGGGAAUGUCUCAUUAGAAAAUAUUUAUACAUAUGAUAUAAAACCACAACCUGUGUCGAUUACUACAACUGUAUCAACUUCAAAAUAUAAUAGUGGUGUAAUAACAAUUACUGGAAGUUAUAUGUCAUCAUCUCAAACAUCAAGUACGACCAUAUCCUUAAUCAGUAGUGAUAAUAAAAGCUAUAAUUGUGAAUAUUUAUCAUCAACAAAAUCUCAAAUAGUUUGUUUAUUGGAACCUGGUGAAGGAUUAAUAAAUAGAGUUAAAAUUAAAAUAGAUGAUGUUGAAAGUUUGAUUGAAAUAAACUUUAAAUAUGGUGUCCCUCAAUUUACAUCAACAAAUGCAAUUCAAAUUGAUAGAACAAACGAAUUUUCAUUGACAGGUAUUAACUUUGGUAAUAUUAACGAUAAAAAUGGUACAGUUAAACUUUUAAUUGAUGGAAAUGAAAAUAAAGAAAUAAUAACAACAUCAAUAAGUAAUGAUGAAACUAAAUUAUCAUUUAAAUUACCAAAUAUAUGUGAAACAUCUGUAAAACUAUCAAUUGAAGUUAAUGGUGUUAUUUCAAAUAAUAGUAUAGUUAUAAAACUACAACCUACAGUUAUGUUAACUCCAUCAAGACCAUUAACAAAUGGAUCAUCAUUACAUAUUGAUAAAUACUUUUCAUGUAAAGAUAAAAUUGUAAAACCAUCUAUUACUGUUGAUAGUUCUAAUAAUCAUAUUGAUUGUACUAUAAUUUCAAGUUUUGUAGCAAGCUGUAAUGUUGGUAUUGGAACUGGUAAACAUUCAUUAACAUUUUAUGAAGAUGGUAUUGAAAAAAUCAAUUUAUCUUUUCAAUAUGCACCACCAACAAUUGUAUCACAUAAUGUUAAUGGGUUAAAAACAAUUACAUUAACUGGUAAUAACUUUGGUAAUGAUUCAUCAAAAUGUAAUUUAAUAUUUGCAAAUAAAAAUGUAACAUGUAAAGUUAUCAGUGAUACAACUAUAACAUUCGAUGCAGAUUCACAAUAUGAUUAUGGUAAUGUUAGUCUUAUAAUCGAUAGUAUUCAAAUGUCAAAUGAUAACUAUAAAAUAAUGUUACCAUCAAUAAUUGGAUUGGUAAAAGAUAAUAAUAUUUCAACAAGAAAUGGAACAGUGUGUAUUCAUGCCUCAAGAUUACCUGAAACUAAAUCUGGUGUCAAUAAUGCAAACAAUGUUACAGUUGAAAUUAAAUCACAUUUAAAAGAUGGUACAAAUACAUUUAAAGACUAUAAUGUUUCAAAUAAUAUGAUUUGUGUAUUAUUAAAUGAUGGAUAUGUUGGUACAUUUGAUUUAUCAGUAUUCAUUUACAAUGAAUUCAUUUCAAAAUAUACAGUAUCAUACAACAAACCAUAUUUUAGUUUAAUAAAUAUUAUAGAUGGUGGUAAUACUUAUCAGUUUGAAGUAUAUGGUAAUGAAUUCGGUGAACCAUUUGAAAUUCAUUUUAAUUCAUCAAAAGGUGAUUUAAUAAUGAACUGCGCAUUCAAUAUUUCAAUACAACACAAUAAUAAUGAUUUAUACAAUUGUAGUUUCCCCAAAAUCAAUAUUGAUUCAAUUAAAGAUGGCAAUGAACAAUUAUACUUAAAAAUAGGUGAGUCUAAAUAUCUAAUUAAUGAAAAAUUAAACAAGGAACCCGAUUACAAUAGUAGUACAUUGAAGAAGGUAUUAAUUCCAACACUUGUCGGUGGUGCUGCAUUGUGUGCCGCUGCAUUUAUUGGUUAUAAAUAUAGAGAAAAUAUUUUUAAAAAAAUUGAUAAACUAAAAAAUGGCAAAUCAAAUGUAUAA